UCAACAAAUUUAAAAGAAAAAUCCAAAGAACAAACCUUUGGGUCCCUUUUCAAUUUCAGAAAAAGUAAGGGGCUCUCUGAAAUUGCUCAAUUCCCAAAACGACAACCAGCAUGCCGCUAUAUCCCCUAGCUUUUUGCUGCGCUGCCGUUCCCUCUGAUUCUCCAUACUCCAAAGCUUGAAGAGCCUCGCCUUUGCUCUUUGUCGUCCUUGGAAAAAUGCCAAAGCUGAGUCUUCUCCGAACAGUAAUCAGAUCGAACCCCUCCUUCUUUACUGUUCGAGCUGAUAAGAAUGGCCUCUCUUCGCUUCUUCUUCGCGAAUCGCCGAGAUUCAUUUCCACCGAAGCAGAAAACCAACCGCCUAAGGACCCCCCUGUGGAAAAUUCAUUUCUCGAAACCCCUGGCACUGGUUUGGUGUAUGGUAAACUGUAUGGCAUUACAAGAAAUACAUUGAAGACAGAUAUUGUGAAUUUGCUAGAGGGUUGUAACUUGACCUUGGAAGAUGUUAAAGUUGACUAUAGCCGGAGCUUCACCCCACUUGGAAUGAUGGUGCAAUUCCCCUCUCGUCAAGCUUAUGAACAGGCAGCUAGAGUGAUUUCACGGAGGGGUCGUCUGAACAGAUUGGAGAGGGCUGAUCGGUCACAGUGGGAUAUUCUUACACCCUAUGAUGGAAAAACUGUUUUACUGCAAGGAAUUCCUAGAAAUGCAGUUCCAGAAGAUGUAGAACGCUUUCUGUCUGGUUGUCAAUAUGACGCAUCCUCCAUCCAGAUAUUCCUCAGAGCAGCAUACCCAGAUCCUAUUAAAAUGGCUACUAUACGUUUUCCCUCCCCAACUGAAGCAAUGAACGCAUUUAUCACAAAGAACAGGGCCUUCUGUCUGAAUAGUCAAGUGACAGUGCGUGUUCUUCAGUAAGGAUUUUGCUUCUUUCUUCCACUGAGGGGCAUUAUUUCAAGACAAAAGGUGAAGGUAGGAGGAGAUAAUAGGAGGAUUAAAGAUGCCUGCAGUCUGUAAUUUGAAUUGACACAUUAGGAAAUUACUUCUUGUGAGAGGCUUUUGGAGAUUUUCUAUUUUGAUCUCAUUUUGGUUUACGGACAAAUUGAGUUCAGUGUUGGAUAUUCCUAUCAACAAGUAUGUUCAUCUUUACUCGUUGAUCUUUUGUUGACUAGAAGUAACUACGAAGAUAUUGAUUGUUGUUCUUUUUCUGAAGUAAAGGGAAAUUAAUAAAACCAACUUUUUUGUCA